AAGAGCCAUGAAAUCUAUUCACUGAAAAUAUCGAGACCCUGUAACAAUUUCUAAAGUAGGGAUUUUAGGAUCUCUUGAGGAUCGAAAGAUCUAUUCUAUCAAUUCUUUUCCCUUCUCAUGAGAGAGCCAAAAAUCUGUCUUCACCAGUAGCUCUCUCUCUCCCUAUCUAUCUAUCUAUAUAAAGUAUUAGAGAUUAUUACAUUACAUAUAUCUUGUGUGUUUAUUCUGAUUUUUUUUCUUUAAUGUUGCAACUUUCUAGACAAAAUCUGUAAGGGUUUCCAUUUGUUUUUAUAAAGAAAUCGGAAAUCUUAAUCAGGGCUGUUGAUCGCGUUAUUUUUUCUUUUCCAAGAUCAUCGCCUGUUUUCUACUGCUUGUUCAUUUUUGUGCAGAUCUUCUUAAAUUUAGUUUUAAUAUAAACCAAAAGUAAAUACUAAGGUAUGGAGGCGAUUUUUGCACCAUCUGAUCAUCAAACAAUCUCUCCUUACAAGAAACAGAUAAAAAACCAGUCAAAGAGAAACAAUAGUAGCAGCAGUCGAGGGCUCAUUUCAAGACCAAUUGAAAACUUAGCUCCAUCAAACAACAACAACAUCAUCCAUGGAGGAGGCCUUUUCUUUCCUCCUCCUCCUCGUGCUCUCUCCUUCUCAUACCCUCCUGCAGUAGGGCUAUAUCCUAUCCAACAAAGGCAAGGACAGCAGCCGCCUCUUCUUCCUCUUCCAGUCUCAACAAUAAGAUCACUCAAUUCUCGAACCCGAGAUCUUUCUUGCCCACCCACAACUACUAGAAAAACAAAUCGAACCAGAGAUCACUCUCUCACUCCAAAGAAAUCAAAACAGCCCAUCCCCAGAAACGAAGAACCAAAACAAAAUUCAAAGCCUUUGAUCAUUGCAUCCACUGUACCAUCUGGACCAGAGCCUAACGAUCUACCCAAAGAUGUUUCCAAAGUUUUAUCAUCAUCAUCUUCUUCUUUCAUUACAGGUAAUAAUAAUAAUAAUAAUACUCAUGGUACUAAAGAUUUGGAAAGUCUUACUGGUUCAGUUUUUACACUGUCUCCGCCACCGAGUAGCUUACCUUUGCCCAAGUUUUCAGUCAGGCCAAAGCUUAGUUGCACUGCAGAAGCUGCCGGGAUAGAUGCCGGAGCAACAGACAAUCUCCGGCGGCUUCUGCGACUCCGGUGAAGCAAAAAGAUUUUAGUUUUCAGUUACAAUGCAGUGGGAAUGGUGAUGAAGUUGGUUGGCUUUUGUAUCUUUCCUGUAAAUAAAAGCAUAACCGAUAAAUGGAGAAUCAGCUUCUUCUGUUUGGUUGUGAACUUAUUGUAAUGUGUUAAUUAAUUAGUUUUUUUUUUUCUUUCUUUUGGUUCAUUUGUCUUGGUUGGAGGAAGUUUGUGAUCACCUACCUGUGUUUUUUGAAAAUAGGGGUGCACAAACUUAGUUACAGAAGAAUUUUCCUAGAGAUGGGAAUGUCCUUCGGUUUUAUCUUUUGUCUCUCAAAGUUUCUCUAUUUACUUUAAAUCUUACCUUUUCUCUCUUCUAAUUUGUUAUAUUUCUACGUUAAUUAUAAUAAAUCUUUUUUUUCUCC